AUCACAACGAGGAAAUGGGAACGGACAGUCGCGGCCCUAAUUAAGCCAUUUUAAAAUAUAAAUCUUGAUCGUAUUUAUGUAACUCGGGUGAAUGCUGUUGUUGUUUACACUUAUUGAUAGUGAUAACGUAGAUUAGUAAAAGAUCCAGGCCCGGGCCUCAGUCCGCGGUCUUGAGUUGAACAGCCAUUCGACAUCAGAGCGAGUGAGCCGGUGUGAUCAGCAGAGCCCGGCUGCACAUCAUGGGCGACAGCAGAGAUUCUCGUAGUCCAGACAGUUCAUCCGUUUCCUCACCACCAUCAGGUCAGCGUUCGCCACCGUUGGCCCCUUCAGCCGCCGCCAUGACUUCCCUGCCACCCAUCACUUCGGCUGUGAACAGUCCCAUCAGCAGCAUGGGCUCACCCUUCUCCGUCAUCAGCUCCUCUCUGGGUUCUCCUUGCCUUCCUGGAACUCCCUCAGUAGGCUACGGCCCCAUCAGCAGCCCACAGAUGAACAUGUUUGCCAGAAACACAGAGAUCAACUCCACCGUGUCCAUGUCGGGUCUGCACGCAGUCAGCAGCUCUGAUGAUGUCAAACCGCCCUUCGGUUUGAAGCCGAUGUCCGCCCACAGCCCAGGGCCUAUGGUCUCUCAGAAACGCUUGUGUGCCAUCUGUGGGGAUCGCUCCUCUGGCAAGCACUACGGCGUGUACAGCUGUGAGGGGUGCAAGGGCUUUUUCAAGCGCACUGUGAGGAAGGACUUGAGCUACACAUGCAGAGACAGUAAGGACUGUCUGGUGGACAAACGUCAGAGGAACCGCUGCCAGUACUGCCGCUACCAGAAGUGCCUGGCCAUGGGGAUGAAGAGAGAGGUGGUCCAAGAUGAACGACAACGAUCAGUUCAGGAGGAGCGUCAGAGGAACAAGGAGCGUGAAGGAGAGGUUGAGUCCACCAGCCCCGCGAAUGAAGAGAUGCCUGUAGAGAAGAUUCUAGAAGCAGAGAUGGCCGUGGAGCAGAAGACCGAGCUGCAUACAGAUGGCAGCUCAGGGGGAAGCUCUCCGAACGACCCAGUCACAAAUAUCUGCCAGGCGGCUGAUAAACAGCUGUUCACUUUGGUGGAGUGGGCAAAACGGAUCCCUCACUUCAGUGAGCUGUCUCUGGAUGACCAGGUCAUCCUGCUGCGUGCUGGCUGGAAUGAGCUACUGAUCGCGUCAUUCUCUCAUCGCUCCAUCACGGUGAAGGAUGGCAUUCUGCUGGCCACCGGCCUCCACGUGCACAGGAACAGUGCUCACAGCGCAGGGGUGGGAGCCAUCUUUGACAGGGAGAGUGCGCACAAUGCAGAGGUUGGGGCCAUAUUCGACAGGGUGUUGACGGAGCUGGUGAGCAAGAUGAGGGACAUGCAGAUGGAUAAAACAGAGUUGGGCUGCCUGAGAGCCAUCAUCCUCUUCAACCCAGAUGCAAAGGGAUUGUCAAGCCCAAGUGAAGUGGAGUUACUGAGAGAGAAGGUCUAUGCAUCGCUGGAGGCUUAUUGUAAACAGAGAUAUCCUGACCAGCAGGGCAGGUUUGCCAAGCUCCUCCUCCGGCUGCCAGCGCUGCGCUCUAUUGGCCUUAAGUGCCUGGAGCACCUGUUCUUCUUCAAGCUGAUUGGAGACACCCCAAUCGACACCUUCUUAAUGGAAAUGCUUGAAGCGCCACAUCAGCUGACCUAACCUGGACCAGUCUCGAUCCAGUUCAGUCCGGUUUUGCACCAGGGUAUCGCACCCCCCCCACCCCCACCCUGGACUCUGGGGCUUUACUGUCUCACUUCCCAUUAACACCUUCCCCCACAAUUCUCUCCUACAUAUUCUUCCUGUCGCACCUUCAAACCAGUACAGCCCCGAAAAAAGACUGUCUGAAAAAAAAAAACUUGUUUUCCAUGUAACGUUUUACACAGUGUGAGCUGUCCAGAGAGAUCUUAUUUUUCAUAUUCCCUGGAGGUUCUAAAUCAUAAGCUUCGGUUUAAAGACUUAGGCUUCCGGUUUUAGAACUCUCAUAUUGAUUCUAGAGAUCUCUGUGUGUCGUUUUGGUUUGUAUGUUACUCUGCACGAACUGUACUUUUUUUCAUUUGUCACUGCAGUUAGACAGCCCUUCGGCUGGAUUUACAGUGCAUGUGUGACCGGAGCGAGAAUCCGCCGAGCCCUUUGGCUGGUACGAAUCAAGAAUCAAGUCACGGUUCGUUUUUGACUGUGGAAUACUGCUAACGUGCUAUCUUUGGGAUUUUUACCUUGAAAUCCUACUUUGUACUGUACUCAUGAAAUGAGUCUGAUUUAUAAACGACAUUGGAAAUUCUCUGCCUGCUGCAUCUGGCCCUUAUGAAAUGCAGGCUAGAGUUUUACAUUUGUGAAUAAAUGUAUGCAGGUUUUGUUGGACAUGAGUUUUUGAUCAUGUUCCGAGGAGGGCCUAAAGGCACAGAUUAAAUCUCGCAGGAGAAUCCUGCUUUUUUUGGCGGCAAUAGGAGGGUCGACCUUGUUUUUCUUGAUUUGUGUUGUUUUUAAAUGAACAAAUAGAUUGGUUUUGGUACCUUCUAGAGGACCUUAUACCUUUGCCAUUUCAUAAUUCGCCCAAGUUCCUUUGAUCCAUUUCGUCACCAAUGGGAACCAAAUCCACACCAUGCCCCCCAAAAGACAAAUAUUUAUAAAGUGUGUAUGUGUGCUGUGAAGUAUGUCCAACCACUCUUGUCCUUUCCACGUGAUCGGUGUAGCAGGCCUUUUUCUUUUGUGUUUAGGAAAUCAGCUUGUCAUCAGGCUUGUUUGGAUUUAACUGGUACUAACUUUGGCAUAGUAAAAAACAAAGGUGGCUCUAGUUUGUGUAAAGGCUGGAAUACACUACACAAUUUUGACACCAAUUUAGGAGCCUGGGCUUGUUCCCAAAAGUUGGAGCCAGUCAGCAGUUUUUGGACAUUCAGGCUUGACUGAUUUCACAGAAAAUUGCAUAGUGUUUUGGCGCUUUUCCACUGCAUGGUACGGCACGGUACU